AUGGCACCUCCUCCCGUUCCGCUCCUCAGUCCGCGGGUGCCGCAGCCCAGCCGCACGCUACCAUCAUCCCGUGUGGUUCGCGAAUAUCUGCUUCGUGUUCGUCAGGCCACCUCGAGCACGGUGACUGUCGUCGCGGAUGCGUCGGGUGAUGGCGGCGGCAACAACCUGUCAGGUGGUGCCAUUGCCGGUAUUGUCAUCGGCUCCGUCGUCGGUUUCCUUCUGUUGCUCUGGAUCUUCCGAUCUUGCUUCAACCUCGGCGCACCACCGAACGACGAGCGUGAGGCCUGGUACCGGGACGUCGAACCGCGCCAUGCCCACCACCGCCAUCGCCACCACCACCACCGCAGCCGCAGUCACGACGACCGCGACGGCCGCUACUACUACAGCAGCGAUGGCCGCAGCCACAGCCGUCCGCCCUCGUAUGGCUUGUACACGCAGUCGACUCCUGUUGCCGAGCCGGUGCCUGUCGUUGUGCGCGGUAGCAGCCGGCGCCGGCGUUCGUCGCUGUCCAAGGCGCGCAGCCCGCGGCGGUCGAGCACAAUCGUGGUGGAGGACUCGAGAGGACGGUAUUGA